GAGAGAGAGAGAGAGACCGAGAGACCGCGCCGGAGAGAAAGGGCUCGUGCCUCGGGGUGUCUCGCGCGGGGCUGGCCUUGGAAGAGGAGGAGGAGGAGGAAGGUGGGCGGGGAAGGCAUCGGCCCCAACGUGGCGGCGGCGCUGCUGCUGCUGCUGCUUUGGAGAGGGAACCCCGCGGAGGCAGAGGCAGAGGCAUUAGCAGGAGGAGGAGGAGGAGAGCGGCGGCGAGGGCGAGGGCGGCUGGCCCCGGGAUUAAGGGCCCCCUCCUCCACCGGCCCCGCCAUGGGCAACGCGGGCAGCAUGGACGCGCAGCCGGCGGACUUCAGGGCUCCGCCGGGCCCGCCGCUCAAGCUGCCCUUGCCGGAGCCCGCCGAGCUGGAGGAGCGCUUCAACGUCGUCCUGAAUGCAAUGAAUUUGCCUCCUGACAAAGCAAGGCUACUCCGGCAGUAUGACAAUGAGAAAAAAUGGGAAUUGAUCUGUGAUCAGGAAAGAUUUCAAGUCAAGAAUCCUCCUCAUACAUAUAUUCAGAAGUUAAAAGGAUAUCUUGAUCCAGCUGUAACAAGGAAGAAAUUUAGGAGAAGAGUUCAAGAAUCUACACAGGUUUUACGAGAACUGGAAAUAUCUUUAAGAACCAAUCAUAUUGGAUGGGUCAGAGAGUUUUUGAAUGAAGAAAACAAAGGCCUAGAUGUUUUGGUGGAUUAUUUAUCAUUUGCACAGUAUGCAGUCACCUUUGACUUUGAAAGCUUGGAAAACAACAUGGAAAACUCAAUGGACAAAUCUAAACCUUGGAGCCGUUCCAUAGAAGAUCUUCAUCGAGGAAGUAAUUUGUCCUCUCCUGUUGGCAGUAGCAUUUCCCGCUCUAGCAGGCAUUCUACACUGAGAAUGGUUUGUCUGCCUGAAAAACUUCAGUUCAAACGCCGCCAGAGCUGCUUUUCACCCAACUGCCUCUGGAGCGGCUUCAGUUUACCCUCUGCCGAGGAGGCUUCAAGCCGGAAAAACUCGUAUAACACUUUACCAAGCAGAAGAACACUUAAAAAUUCAAGAUUAGUGAGUAAAAAGGAUGACGUUCAUGUCUGCAUUAUGUGUUUGCGUGCCAUCAUGAAUUACCAGUAUGGAUUCAAUAUGGUCAUGUCGCACCUCAAUGCUGUUAAUGAAAUUGCACUAAGCCUGAACAACAAGAACCCCAGAACAAAGGCUCUGGUCUUGGAACUGUUGGCAGCAGUUUGUCUCGUGAGAGGAGGACAUGAAAUCAUUUUGUCUGCCUUUGAUCAUUUUAAAGAGGUUUGUGGAGAAAAACAGCGCUUUGAGAAGCUAAUGGAACAUUUUCGAAAUGAAGAUAACAAUAUAGAUUUCAUGGUGGCAUGCAUGCAGUUCAUUAACAUCGUUGUUCACUCAGUUGAAGACAUGAAUUUCAGAGUCCACCUCCAAUAUGAGUUUACAAAACUAGGACUGGAUGAAUAUUUGGAUAAGCUGAAACACACAGAAAGCGAUAAGCUCCAAGUGCAGAUUCAAGCUUAUUUGGACAAUGUGUUUGAUGUUGGAGCUUUACUUGAAGAUGCUGAAACCAAGAAUGCUGCCUUGGAGAGAGUGGAAGAACUGGAAGAAAAUAUCUCUCAUUUAUCGGAAAAGCUUCAAGACACAGAAAAUGAAGCUAUGGCAAAAAUUGUGGAACUGGAAAAGCAACUCAUGCAAAGAAACAAAGAACUGGAUGUUGUUCGGGAAAUUUACAAAGACGCAAAUACACAGGUUCACACGCUGAGAAAAAUGGUGAAAGAAAAAGAGGAAGCCAUUCAACGACAAUCCACACUGGAGAAAAAAAUUCAUGAACUGGAGAAGCAAGGUUCUAUUAAAAUUCAGAAGAAAGGCGAUGGUGAUAUCAACAUUCUUCCUGUUGGGGUGGCUUCUGGGACAUUACCAUCUGGAUCAGACGCAGUGGCUAGCACUGUUGGGGGUUCAGUUUCUGGCACAACGUCUUCAGUUGCAUUGCCGCCACCUCCGCCCCCUUUGCCGCUGUCUGCAGAAGAAUCAGAAGCAGUGCAAAAUGGCCCUGUCACAGCACCGAUGCCUCCGCCUCCACCCCCACCACCUCCCCCUCCGCCCCCACCAGCCCCCCCUCUUCCUGGUCCAGCUGCAGAACCAGUGCCAGCGCCCCCACUCCCGCCCCCACCCCCACCGUCGGCACCCCCUCUUCCAGGAACAGCCUCCCCCACAGUCGUUUUCAACUCAGGAUUAGCAGAUGGGCCAAUCAAGCUUUUCUCUGUGAAAAUCAAGAAACCAAUAAAGACAAAGUUCCGCAUGCCAGUAUUUAACUGGGUAGCUCUGAAACCCAAUCAGAUCAAUGGAACAGUCUUCAAUGAAAUAGAUGAUGAAAGGAUUUUGGAGGAUUUAAACGUGGAUGAAUUUGAAGAAAUAUUCAAGACAAAAGCCCAAGGUCCAGCCAUUGAUCUUUCUUCAAGCAAGCAAAUAACUCAAAAAGGAUCAAACAAAGUAACGCUAUUGGAAGCAAACAGAGCAAAAAAUCUUGCCAUCACUUUAAGAAAAGCUGGGAAGACAUCUGAUGAAAUAUGCAAGGCAAUUCAGGCAUUUGAUCUGAAGACCCUUCCAGUAGAUUUUGUUGAAUGCCUAAUGAGGUUCUUGCCCACGGAAAAUGAAGUGAAAAUGUUGCGGCUUUAUGAGCGGGAGAGAAAACCACUUGAGAACCUUUCAGACGAGGAUCGGUUCAUGAUGCAGUUCAGCAAGAUCGAGAGGUUGAUGCAAAAGAUGACCAUCAUGGCCUUCAUUGGCAACUUUGCAGAAAGCAUCCAGAUGUUGACUCCACAACUUCAUGCAAUAAUUGCAGCAUCUGUCUCAAUAAAGUCAUCUCAGAAGCUCAAGAAAAUACUAGAGAUAAUCUUGGCUCUGGGUAACUAUAUGAAUAGCAGUAAACGAGGAGCUGUUUAUGGAUUUAAACUACAAAGCUUAGAUUUGUUACUAGAUACAAAAUCAACAGACAGAAAACAAACGCUAUUGCACUAUAUAUCAAAUGUUGUGAGAGACAAAUACCAACAAGUAUCACUUUUUUACAACGAACUUCACUAUGUGGAGAAAGCUGCUGCAGUAUCAUUAGAAAAUGUUCUGUUGGAUGUAAAAGAACUCCAAAGAGGUCUGGACCUAACAAAACGUGAAUACACCAUGCAUGAUCACAAUACCAUGCUGAAGGAAUUCAUUCAGAACAAUGAAGGGAAGCUAAAGAAGUUACAAGAUGAUGCAAAAAUAGCCCAGGAUGCCUUUGAUGAUGCUGUGAAAUAUUUUGGAGAGAAUCCCAAGACAACACCUCCAUCUGUCUUCUUCCCAGUCUUUGUCCGAUUUGUGAAAGCUUACAAGCAAGCUGAAGAGGAGAAUGACCUGAGGAAAAAGCAAGAGCAAGCGUUGAUGGAAAAACUUCUUGAACAGGAAGCCUUGAUGGAACAACAAGACCAAAAGUCUCCAUCUCAUAAAACGAAAAGACAGCAGCAAGAGCUAAUUGCAGAGCUCAGGCGGCGGCAAGUCAAAGACAACAGGCAUGUGUAUGAAGGGAAGGACGGUGCUAUUGAAGACAUCAUCACAGCCCUAAAGAAGAAUAAUAUCACUAAAUUUCCAAAUGUUCACUCGAGGAUCUUAGAAACCAGCCCUACAGACGAGCCGAUGCGGUGAGGAGAAGCGUGAGGAGGCGCUUCGACGACCAGGCCUUGCGCGCUCUCAAUGGUGCUGAAAUCACCAUGUGAGCCGGACUGAGGAAACCUGCAUUUGUAAAAGUAGGAAGUGUACUUGAUCACUUCCUUCCCACGCAAACUCUAUUUGUGCUACCAUUUUCAAUUAUGGCCUUGAUCACAGUCCAUUAACUUAUCUUCCGAAGGGCUCCGUAAUGACAGAAAGUGCAUAGGAAAGACGGGGAAAACAUGGGCUCCCCACAUAACUGUAGCUACCAAGUGCCUAAAUUUCAAGUACCUGCUCAAAUUUAAUCAAAGCAAUAGGACUUUUAUUUGAUUGGGUAUCUUUUUACACCAAUAAAUUGGUUCAGUGUUUUUAACCAAAAUGUAAGAUACAUAUUGUAUUUUUUGUCGUUGCAUACAAUUUAGUAAGUAGCCUUCAGUAGGCUUUCUCGAUACCAUGACCAGUUGUAAAUAGGCAAUACUUUGAUGUGAGCUGCUGUGGACUUUUCUUUUCUUGUUAUUAUUAUUAUUAUUAUUUCAGUACAUUCCUGAAUGGUUUGAGAAGUUAACUCUGAACUUGAGCUGCACUUAUUUUACUCUUCUAUAUGCAUAUGUAGGUAUAUGCAUACACAGGACAAAAUAAGCUGUUCAAAUACAUUGCGCCCUGUAAGAAAAUGUUGUUGUCUUAGUGUGGGGAAAACAUCCAUGAAACAAACUUUGACACAGAUUUGGGUACAGUUUAGAAAAGAUAAAGAUUACUGGGAUAAAAGAAAGGAUUGUUUUAGUGGGACCUCUAUUGUAAAUAGGAUGUGGUAAUGCAAGGCUUAUAUUAAAUACACAUUUACCUACUUUCGGAUUCUACCUGGUACAGACUAGGAGGCAGCAAAGGUAUUGGUGAAAAUUUUGAACAUAUUGUGGACACAGAAUGAUGUAUGAAACUCCGAUUAUUGUGUUCUUCAUGUAGAGGCAGCUUUUGGGUAACCUUUAUUAUUUAUUAAUUAGCACUAAGAUAUUAACUUCUCAAUAAUCAGUAUUAGAAUUCCUGAGGACCGCAAACUGUUCAGUUGUCAGAACAGUGAAAACCUGGUUGGUGCCCAACUUUAAAAAAUGGGAUGUUUUCCAUGCACAACCUUCUGUCUUCAGGCUGCACAGACCAGAGAUUCGGAAGCCAGCUGUUUGCACCUCGCGACAACCCAGGUUGGAUCAGGAUUUAAUUGGACUGCAGCUGACUAUGGAAUUGAUCACCGCGUUCCAAGCCUAAAUUGGAAACCCUUUUAUCCCAGUCCACUCAAUAAUAUGAACCAAGACUAAGUACAAUGUGGAGUCAGACUUUUAAAUAUAUCUGCACUGUGUUUAUUUCGGUCAACAUUUGGAUUUCAAAGGGAAUGCACAAGCCAUUGAACAUAAUGCAGUGCAGAAGGAUGUACUCGUUUGAAAAAAAUGAUUUUCGCUAAUGGAGACUCUUCCAAAUCUAAGUGCUUAUAUUUUCAGCUUAAAGCCAAUUCAAGCAUCUCAGUCAGGUUUUAAUCUCGUAUACAUUCAUAUAUUUCUAUAAGGCAGGGCACCAAUUUGUUUUGAAGUCCGAAACUGGAAGUUAAGGGAUACCUUGCUUACUACUUACCUUUGCUGAUAGCACUGCAACACUAUGUUAAUUGUAAAAUGUCUUGUAUAGUAUUUAACCACUUACUUCUUUUUUAUGUUGUGCUUAUGUGAACCACUGGUAAAGGUCCCAUAUUCCUUUGAUAAUGUGUAGCUAUAUGAUAAUGUUUUUAAAUGUACAGAUAUUUUGCUACAAAAUUGGUGCUUUUUUAUGGUUUUUACACUUCUCUUUAAUUCCUACUCUAGCCUCGGGGUAAUAUUGUAAAUAUUGUUUAAAAUGCAUCAGCCUGAGCUAUACAAUCUGAAUGUUAUUUUAACUUAUAGUUUUGUUUUUAUAUUUAACUAAAUGGACAGUUUGGGGGCUCAGAAGUUAUUACAUUGAGGCCUGCUUACCUAUUUACAGAAAGUUUAUUUUACACAAUGACCAAUAGCACUCGCAGUUUACAGCAGCGUGCGCCUGACCUGCCAGGGAGAACAUGCCACCAUUACAACUUUUUUUCUUUACUGAAAAACAGAUAUUUUGACUUGGUUAUCCCUAUUUAUGAACCCUCAAUUUGGUAAGAUAAUUUAACAGCAGUAAAAAAGCUGGCAAAACUCAAAACGUACAAAAAUGGUUUCAAAUGAACAAGUAGGCUGUAAUAUUGGCAUGUUCUCUUUGAUAUUUUAUCUAGUAAUAGACCUGCUUCUUAGCAAUAUUAUAGCUGUUUUAUAAAAGCAGUUCAUGUUACUUUUCUGAUCUGUUCAUGGCAUAUGAUUGAAUAAACUAUUUACACUACUACAAA